UAUGAAAAAUUAUUUCUGUUCCAUUAAAUUUACAUUACAUGUGUUGUAGAGGAGAUGACUAAAGUAAAAUGUGACAAAGAAGUGCAACUUGAAGAGCUGUCAGAAACUCUGAAAGAAAUCCAUGAUUUGAGUACAGCUGAAAAGGAACAAGUUUAUUUAAACCAGCUUUUGACUCUGAAAACAGAUCUUGAACAAGAGGAGUUGAAGAAUGAACAACUAACAGUGUAUCUCAAUAAGCUUUCACUAGAGAAAGAACAAAUAGCACAAGAGAAAAAUGGUGUGACUGCAGAACUCAAGAGGCUGCAAGAAAAACAAGAGGAUAGUAAGAAAAAAGAAGAAAAUACAAAGCAGUUAGUUGAAAACCUAGAAGAGGCAAAUAGCCAGCUAAGAAGUGAACUGGAGUCUUUGAAGGAGAAAAUGGCAAAGACAGGUGAAGAGGUUAAAAGUAAACUGGAUGAAAGAGAAGAAAACAUGAAUAGUUUAAAGAAACAGGUGGAAAAUAAAACCAAACACAUUGAAGAGUUGCAGCAGGAGAAUAAGGUGCUAAAAAAGAGAAUUACUGCAGAAAGCAAGAAAAACAGUAUUUAUGAAGGGAAGGUGAAUAAAUUGCAGUUAGAGAUGGAAAAUAUGAACAAAGAACAUAAGGAAGCAGUUGACAUCUAUCAAAAAGACAUAGAAACAAGAAAAAUGAAUGAAAAUAAACUUCAUGAAGAGGUAGAAAAGUUGAGGUUGCUUUAUGAUGAAACAACAAUGAUACAAAGAGAAACUGAUAUCAGAUGUCAGCAUAAGAUAACUGAAAUGGUGGCACUUAUGGAAAAGCACAAGAACGAAUAUGAUAAAGUGAUUGAAGAAAAAGAUGCAGAGUUAAAAGUAUAUAGAAUUAAACUGCAAAAGCAGUUAUCAUCAGAAAGAGCACUUUAAGGAGAAAAUGAGCUGUCAUGUUUGAAAAGUGAACUGUCAUCCCUUAAGGAACAACUGAAAGCAGAAAUUGAAGAGAAGGAGAAUCUUGUAAAAGAGCACUCUCAAAAGAUGAUUUCUGAAAGUGAAAAGAAACACAAGACAUACAUUGUAAAGACUCCUCCAGUAGAUAAACUGCGAAGUGGAAGAAGCACAAACCUACCUUCAGAGGAGAGCACAAGCAAAAAGCAAAAAGUGCUUCUCCAGUUGGAUAGUCAGUCAGACAGCUCUGAGUACACUGACCUCCUGAGCAUAGUCUCGGAAGAAGAAAUGUUUAAAAAAUUGUACAAAGAUUAUCCACAAGCUUCACAAUUACAUUCCACAGCACCAAAAAAGACACCAACUUCAUCCAAUGUGAAAUCUCCAGACUCUUCACUGAGAUUCAAAACAAUGAGGAGAACGCGCCAGGCGGACUGGACUGCGGUUUCCAAAAUGGACAGGAAAAGAAAAAUGAAAGAAGCUGCAAAGUUCUUUACUUAAAAUGCAGAAAUAUCCAGUGCCUGGGCAUUGCUUAUGGGUGCCACCAUAGGGGUGUUAUUCUCUCAGAGUUAGUACUUUGUUGCAUUUUUCUGUCAUACUCAGUGCGUUGAAUUCUAUGAUCAUUUCCUUUACACAUAUAAACUUUAUAGAUCUAUAAAGACAUCCCCCUGCAGAGUAUUUUCCACCUUUCCUCCCUUCUGCUGGAAAAUGUUGGGACACAAAUUAGCCAAUUUUAAAUUUUGAAAGAAAUAUAACUACAUAGAAAGUUGUUCCAAAUCUGUUUCUGGCAUUAGAAAUUCUGGUUUUAAAGAACUUCUGUUCUUUAAAUUUUACUCUGUUUUUGUUAACACAUAAUACUUAGUGAAAGAAAUGUAGCUUUUAAAUGUAUUCACUUUUACCUGAAGUCCUCUUGCUUUUUCCUGCCUUUUAAAGGCUGUUAGACCUGUCUGUUUAGACUGUUCUAGAUUGUAUGUUAAAACGGUUUUGAAGCUUCU